CUAAAACGCCACAACUUUCCUUUAUAUGUACUAAUUAAAACAUCAAAAUAUAAAUAUAUAUAUCCUUAAAAAAAUUUUUUUUGGUUGUUGUGACUAUUCAUGUUAAUUGGGAAACAAGAUAUGAACACACAAAUAGAUCGUUAGACAGACAGAUAGAUAAACAGACAGACAAAUAGAUAGACAGACAGACAGACAGACAGACGACAUAUAGUGUUUGUUCAAAGCAAACAAACAAACACAAACUUAUUGGGAAUAUGAAUAAUAUGAAUAAUUACCAACAAGUUCCCCAAUAAUGAGAAGUUUAUUAUUAUUAUUAUUAUCCUAUAUAUACAUAUAUGCCUUGUAAUUUGUUUGCAUGUUUACGCUUUAUUAUAAGGUCAACAACAACAACAACAACAACAACAACAACAACAACAAUGGUAAUAAGCAAUUUGAUUGGUUAAAUGAAUAUCAUUUGGGAAAAAAAAAAUUAAAAAAAAAAACAAAAAACAAACAGAAACAUUUCACCUUCACUGAGUAUAAAUAAAUUAAAAUAACAAAGGUAUUUGUAAUAAACACUUCUUUUAUUAUUAUUUGUCUUUCUGGAUAUUUAUAUUAUAACAUUAUACAAUUGUAUUAUAUGCUUAAUACUAUUGUGGAUUUCAUUUAACAUUAUGGAUAAUUAUGAAAUAUCUGAUGAUUUUGAACGAUUUUGUCAUAUAGCACAACGUUCACCAAGAGAUAGUAUAGCACCAACAAUACAAAUUACAGAACCAACUUAUCGUGGAAAUAAUAUAUCACCUAUAAAUCAAUCAGAAUAUUUAACAACAUUAAAUAUUGAAUCAUUAAAACGUGCAUCAAGUUUUAGAGAACCUAAAAGACGAACAUCAUUUCAACCAAGUAGUUUUAGUGGUGAUAUUAGUGCAACUCGUUCACCAAUUCGAUCUAGUCCACAAUGGGAUCAUACAAAUGAAUUAAAUCAAUUUAAUUAUAAUACUAGUUCAAGACAAAAACAACAACAACAACAACAACAACGUUCUCGUUAUUAUAAUGAUACAAAUGAUACAAAUAUUUUACGAACUACUGAUACACAAAGAUAUUGGCAAAAUCAAGAUAUAAAUCGUGAAUCAUCAAGUCCUUAUUCAUGUUCUCCAGCAAUGUAUAGACUUGGUACUACUCGUGAUAGACCAGGAUCUAUGAAAGAAACUAGUUAUAAACGUACAAGAAGUCAAGAAAAACAUAAAUCAAGACCAUCUGCUCCAACAUUACAUCCAGCAAAUCAUCCAUUCUCUCAAUAUUCACCUAGUCGUCAUUCAAUUAGUCAAACAGAUGAACAAAUGUUACGUGUUCGACGUUUUGAACGAAAUAAACAUGGUGAUGUUGUUAGUAAAGGUGAUCGAGAUGUUCCACAGAUAGAGAUAUUUGCAUCCAGGAGUCCAUCUGGGGAUUCACGAGGAUCAGUAGUUUAUCCACGACCAAUACCUGAAAGUAGUCAUAAUCUCUCUGAAUCAUCAUUAAGUGAUGAGGUAAUUGAAAUCCCGGCAAUCACUACAAAUUUGGCUAGUUCACCAAGAGCUUCAAAUGAUGGUUUACUUAAAAUUUACAGUAAGCGUGCAAGUAGUCCAGUUAGAGGAUUUAUACCAGAGACUAGAUUACGUUCUAAAUCAUGGGCAAUUGUAACAGAAAGUCCAGAUACUUCACCUAAUAAAUUAGAAUCACCAUCUGGUGGUGAACUAUUCCUAGAUGAUCGUUUACUUCAAGUUCAAGUAAUUGGUACAGCCAGAGUUGGUAAAACAAGUAUGUGUAUGCAAUUUCAUACUUCAGAAUCAAUUGAAGAUCCUAAUGAUUCAAUUCAUGGUGAUGAACAAUUAAAUCCGGUAAGAGUUGAAAUUAACAACUUGAAAGCAAGUCUUGUAUUUAUGGAAACAGAUAUAAAUGUGGAAGAUACAGAUGAUGAACUUAACUCUGUGAUUGUUGAUACAGCCGAUGCUUAUCUUGUUAUAUAUGCAGUUGAUGAUCGUGGUUCAUUUUAUACAGCAAGAAAAAUAAUCGGUUUGUUAUUAAGUCAAUGUAAACGUUCCAGUGCUAUAAUACUGGUAGCUAAUAAAUCUGAUUUAGUGAGAACAAGAGUAGUAUCUAGUGAAGAUGGAAAGAAUUUAGCACAAAUUUAUUCAUGUAAUUAUUAUGAAAUAUCAACAUCAAUUAAUCAUCGUGUUGAUGAUUUAUUAGUUGGUAUAUUAAUCUCUAUUAAAGAACAACAAAAAAAUGUACAAAAAGAACGUGAACGACUUGAUCGUAUGGUAAUUUUACAAAGAAAAGGAUCAAAUCAUUCACCAAAACAUAAAAAUUCUAUAACAGUAUUAAAAACACCAGCAAAUAAUGUAAUGAAAUUUUUUAGAAAACAUUUUACAAUAAAAAAAAAUGAACAAAAUUUAAUUUAA